AAAGGAAUGCUGCCUAGAGAUAUGAGGGAAGCACUGAGAAGAAUAAAUGUGUCUGGGAUCUUGAAGAAUGACUCAUAAUUGACUCAGUAGAGGAGAAGAAAAACCAGCAUGUGUAAGGUUGGGGGAUGAAGAAAGCCUGAGACACUGAUUUAUCACAAUCCUUGGGUUUGUGUCGAAGAGCACUGUGAGACUGGUCCCAGAUGGAGUCAUCACCUGAAGAUCCUACAUGCCCAGGCAUAAAAUCAUCCUUGUGUCUAGCAUAAAAACUGUUUGCAUCACUACAAGCUGGGGACUGCAGUGCAAUCCUGUAAACCUUGAAUGACACCAUGGCAUCCAUACUAAGUACCACUAGUGAUGCUGGAAGUGCUCCCAAGAAGCAGAGAAAAGUCAUGACUUGAACCGCUUCAUGUGUACCAGAGACUGAGGUCUGCAGCUGCAGGUGCUGGGCAUCCAGUGACGAGCAGGACAGGCAUGGCCUCCUCCACUGUCAUGGUGCUUGACUUCUAGUUGGUGAAAGAAGAAAAUGAACAAGCAAUCAAUGAGGACAUUUAUCUUUUUCCUGGGAAAUCAAAGCUCUUGGUUCUCAGACCUUUGGACUUGAACUGAAUUAUGCCACUGAUUUUCCUGGUUCUCCAGCUUGCAGAUGGCAUAUUGUGGGAUUUCACCUCCAUAAUCAGAAUCCAUUUUUAUUAUGAUGAAGGAACAAAGAAGCAACAGCCCAGGAGAGAAUUCUAAGAAUAGAACUAAAAGAAGAAGUGUGUGUUUUCGCAGAUUCCUAUCAGGAGGAUGUAUGACUCUUUAAUGCUGACACCCAGUUUACUAGAUGAAGGGGAGAAAUUGAGUGCAGCUCAACUUCCAAAUCUCUUUGUACUACUGUGAAUGCAGCAUCUACAUCCUAAUUCACAUGGCUGGAAAGCUCAGUUGCAACAGGGAUAUUUUGGACAGGUUAUCAGAAUGAAGAUGGACAAUAUUCAUUAGUCACAGGUUUUCCUGGGAUCAGCUGCACUCCUUAGCAAAAGUAUAUUGGACAAUCAACUGAGAAGUAACUGAGACAUUUGAAUCAUUUCUAGGUGUAAAGAAAGACCAGAGCCAAGGAAAAUAUUACGAUGCUGGGGAGCCAUCUUGGGAGAAGCGUGCCCAUUACAUGAGAUGAAGUGGUCUUCAAGGGGACAAUAAGGGAGUGACUUCCCAAAUAUGCCUGGCCACAAUACCUCCAGGAAUUCCUCUUGCGAUCCUAUAGUGACACACCACUUAAUCAGCCUCUACUUCAUAGUCCUCAUUGGAGGGCUGGUGGGUGUCAUUUCCAUUCUUUUCCUCCUGGUGAAAAUGAACACCCGGUCAGUGACCACCAUGGCGGUCAUUAACUUGGUGGUGGUCCACAGCGUUUUUCUGCUGACAGUGCCAUUUCGCUUGACCUACCUCAUCAAGAAGACUUGGAUAUUUGGGCUGCCCUUCUGCAGAUUUGUGAGUGCCAUGCUGCACAUCCACAUGUAUCUCACGUUCCUGUUCUAUGUGGUGAUCCUGGUCACCAGAUACCUCAUCUUCUUCAAGUGCAAAGACAAAGUGGAAUUCUACAGAAAAUUGCAUGCUGUGGCUGCCAGUGCUGGCAUGUGGACGCUGGUGAUUGUCAUUGUGGUACCCCUGGUUGUCUCCCGGUAUGGAAUUCAUGAGGAAUACAAUGAGGAGCACUGUUUUAAAUUUCACAAAGAGCUUGCUUACACGUAUGUGAAAGUCAUCAACUAUAUGAUAGUCAUUUUUGUCAUAGCCAUUGCUGUGAUUCUGUUGGUCUUCCAGGUCUUCAUCAUUAUAUUGAUGGUGCAGAAGCUACGCCACUCUUUACUAUCCCACCAGGAGUUCUGGGCUCAGCUGAAAAACCUAUUUUUUAUAGGGGUCAUCCUUGUUUGUUUCCUUCCCUACCAGUUCUUUAGGAUCUAUUACUUGAAUGUUGUGACGCACUCCAAUGCCUGUAACAGCGAGGUUGCAUUUUAUAACGAAAUCUUCUUGAGUGUAACAGCAAUUAGCUGCUAUGAUUUGCUUCUCUUUGUCUUUGGGGGAAGCCAUUGGUUUAAGCAAAAGAUAAUUGACUUAUGGAAUUGUGUUUUGUGCCGUUAGCUACAAACUACAGUAUUCAUAUAUGCUUCCUUUAUAUUGGGAAUAAAAAUGGGUAUAGGGGAGGUAAGAAUGGUAUUUCAUUACUUGAUCAAAACCAUGUCUUGAUCCACCCAAAACAAAAGGACUAUAAAAUGUCAGAGCCCUCAUUGUAGUCCUUAUGGGAUCCCUCCCAUCUCUGAGUGAUGGCCGUACAAAGACCAGUGAUGUUGAAUCCACCUGGAGUUGCAAUAUUACAUUAUUUUCCAGUACAGAAUAUCUGUGUGGCCCAUGAAAGCAACAUAGGUUUUAAGAGUUUUAGAGUUUCAUUAGCUCAUUCUAAGUUCCUCUGUUUGAAGCAUGGUCUCUUAGGUUUUGGACUGAACUCAGCCCUUUAGUUCUUUUCAUCCCACUUCACCUUAGGUAAGUAAAUCCUGGCCACUACCCAGCUCCAAAGACACAAACUCUCCUUCGCUAACCAGGUUAGAUGUCCCAUUCAUCUCACACCCUGAUAAAAACUGAUAAGGGGAGAGAAUAGUUAAAAAUUUUUCUAGGGUAUCAUAACUCUGGUAGGAAGUCACCUGUCUAGAAAUCAAGAGAAAAAGAACGUGUGGCCUCCUGUUAUAACAAGAUUUGUCCUGUGAAAGGACGUUUAAGGACUUGGGGAUCAACUUCCUCAAUUAUCACCAAUUGCACUGUUGCUCCAAAAAUCAUUUAAAAGCUUACUGGACAUAUCUACAUAAUGAUGAAACUGUAAUUUAGAGAAUAUCCCUGACCAAUGUGCUGGUAGGCAUUAAAAUGAGUUCCCAAGGGAAGGGAUUAAAAUUUUUUUCUCUUCUGUUUUUUGAGAGAAUUUCUAGAUGUCCUGGGCCACAGUUAAUUAAGAUUUUUAGGGGAGACAGAAAGUUAUACUGAAAUCUUUAGAGCUCCCUUCCACCGUUAAAAUUAUAUAUGUAUUUAAAUUACACCUUAAGUUCUUGGGUACAUGUGCAGAAUGUGCAGGUUUGUUACAUAGGUAUACACGUGCCAUGGUGGUUUGCGGCACCUGUCAACCCAUCUACAUUAGGUAUUUCUCCUAAUGCUCUCCCUCCCCUAGCCCCCCACCCCUGGACAGGCCCUGUUGUGUGAUGUUCCCCUCCCUGUGUCCAUGUGUCUCAUUGUUCAACUCCUACUUAUGAGUGAGAACAUGUGGUGUUUGGUUUUCUGUUCCUGUGUUAGUUUGCUGAGAAUGAUGGUUUCCAGGUUAAAAUUAUAUAUUUUUAAAUAAAUGAAAACUAUGUUUUUAAAAAAGGACUUUUAAGAAGUAUAUAGAGAAACCAUUAAUUUAGACUCUGUGAGAUUAGGCUGCAUGAAGAAGGUUUUCUGAAUAUUUGAAGAGUGGAUAAAUAAAUGUACUCAAAAACAAUAAAAUUAUAAUCCUUUAAAAUAUAGGAAAAAUAACUAAGGGGAACUAGGCUUAAUACUUGGGAUGAAAUAGUCUGUAUAACAAACUCCCAUGACACAUGUUUACCUAUGUAACAAACCUGCACAUGUACCCCUGAACUUAAAAUAAAAGUUUAAAGUAAUAAUAAUAAAAUAAUAUGGAUUUUCUUUCCAAAUUCGGAAUUACUUUUUGUAAAAUUUUAUUAAUAACUUGUGACAUGUGGCAUGUUAAACUGAUUUUAUUUCAAGAACUUCUAUUACUGGCUAGGUUGAUACAUAGGCUGGUGGGUUUUUGCUUUUUGGAUUUUUUUUGCUCCUGCCCAUACUUCCAGUGUCUUCAAUGUUUUAUCUUAAAAUUUUCCCAGGAUCUGAUCCAGUUUCAUAUUUAAUGCUUCAGAAAACCUGAAGUAAUUAGUAACAUGAAUAGAAUAACGGAAUGAAUUAAGGGAACUUUUUUUUCAUCAAGGUAUAUCUUCAGGAUUUAAAAGUUUUUCUUAAUUUAUUAUCACUCUGUGGAUCCACAAAUUCCUCAGAUGAAUAAGAAAUAACUCUGUGAAUUUCUGUGACCACUAAAAUUACUGAGCCACAGAAAUUAAUUCUGAGGAAGCAGAGGUAGCAACAUAGUUCAAACACGACUUGUUUCCAUAUAUUUUUUGUUUUAUAUAUUCUUUUAAAUGUCCUUUUAAACAGGUAAUAUUUCUUUUCUUUCUUGCCUUUUUUCCCAUUUAUUUUUUACAUUUUCUCUUUCUCAUUUUGAACCAUAAAAUUUAUAAGACAGUUACUAA